ACCCUCCCUCACUUCUUCCCAUGCCAAUGCCAACCAACUCUUCCAUUCUCUCCCUCUCAAUAACUUGCUUGUAGUCUAAAACCUCAUAGUCACAUACCUGCGCUUCUUUUCUCACCCCUCACAAAACAGAACACUCUGUUUUCCACUUCUUUAUUCUUCUUUUUAUCCACCUUUGAACAUCUCAACAAGUCACCACAUGGCUGCAAUUGUGCACCACGGAUUGCAGUCACACCUUGAGUCCCAACACACUGAGUCAAUAGCACUCAAACUGAGGCUCCCUUCCUCAAAACCACCCCUUCCUCAACUCAUUGAUUUAGCCUUCAAACCCUCUUUCUGGGAUUCAAGUUCAACCAUCAAACCCCACAGCGAAGAAAACAAUAACAACAAGAAGUCCACACCCGCAAACCCCAAUUCUUGGAGCUUCCGCGAAGCACUCUCCAACGUCACAAAAGAACCAUCACAGAACCAAACCACCUACGUGCACCCUCAGCAGAAACGCUUCUCCCUGAGCCUCAGUCCAAAGAGCCUCCAGCUGUGCACCGAAAACCUCGGAAACGAAAGUGGCAGCGACAGUGGCAGUGACAGUGAUGAAAACAGCAUUGACAUGUUCUCCUCAGUGAACGGGAAUUCGGGGACAAGGGAACAAACCCAACAAAGGCAACCUCGUCAACUUUCGACAGCGAAGAAAGCGAAAACCCAGAACUUUCCACCCCCUUUGACAACGAUAAGGGGGGGAUCAGAAUCUCUUCGCGUGAGACCUCACCGCGAAGAUGGACGGCUAGUGAUUGAAGUCACCAAGGUCCCACCUAGUUCCUCGUGCUUUCAUGCUGAACGAAGCCAUGGCCGCCUUCGCCUCUGCUUUCUGACAAACCACACUCCAAGUUUUGAGACGGAAGCAGCAGCAGAAGAAGAAGAAGAUGACGUUGAAGAAAAAGAACCAUUCGUCAAUGAUAAAGGAUUCGAAAACGAAAUAGGUGGACAAGUAAAAGACACUACCAAAGAAGAACAAGAGGAAACAGAGGACGAAACAGGGGAGGAAGAAGAACAAGAUGAGGAAUGUGUUGCAUGUGGGUAUGUGAAGAGUGAUGUCAUUAUCAUGGAAAAGUACGAGAGGCUGAGAAGGUGCAAAGAAGGUGGUGACCACGAGAACUAUGAAUUUUUAAAUUGGAGUGAGCCACGUUUGGUGGCUACUUCGUAAAGCUAGUUUAGUUAGCUAGCCACUACUAUCUUGAGAUUUUUGCAUCUCUAUUAAUAAAAAAAAUUUACAUUUGUCUUUUUCCCAAA